GUUUUAUUACACAUCGAUCAGACGCACAUGUUGUACGUAGCAAGUAACAAUUCAUGAAACGCGUUUCCUGUGUAAAUAGUUGUUCCAUGGUUGUACACAGACAAUACAGAGACGCUAAGACACCAGUCAUGUACGACGCUAUAGUAGUAGGCGCUGGAGUAAUAGGUUCUUGGACUGCUUUACACUUGGCGAAAAAGGGUAGAAAAGUUCUGCUUUUGGAACAGUACCAACGCUCCCACACACGCGGUAGCUCGCACGGCCAAUCCAGAAUCAUACGAAAGCUGUACGUCGACCAACACCAUGCACAGCUAAUGGACGAAGCUUACCAACUAUGGAACGAGCUACAAACUUCAAGCGGGAUCGACUUUUUCAAGUAAUUGGAAAAAACUUGCCCGUUCAAUAUU